AUGGGGUUCCUGGCACUGAAUGUCACCCUUAGGAGUCAGAAGGUGCAGGAGGUGGCUGUGAACUCUUCAUUUACAGAGGAGAAAAAGCAAAUGAACCUGCGACUCACUGGUGGUAAAACAGAGAACGAGUCUGAGAAGGAUGAAGACCAGAAUGAAAUGUUCAAAAUGAGCGAGCCUCAGGAGUCUGUCUUGCUGGCUGAUGCCUCAUCAGAGACGGCAACGCAAGCUCCUGACACUGACCAUCUGCACUCACUAGAUCCUGAGAAAGCCUUUACAAACAUUAUGGGCACAGCGCCCAUAUACUUGGAAGCACACAGGCUGAUGGAAGUGGUCCCUGCCUCACACUUGAUUCAAAAUUUGGCUAAGCCUUAUAUAAAUCUGAACAACCAUGGUCUAGGGCCUAAAGGUGUCAAAGACAUUGUUAGUGCUAUGAUGUCCAACACAACCAUUAUACAAUUAGAGUUGGAAGACAGCUGCAUUUUGGUAGAAGGAGCUAUAUGCAUAGGAGAGAUGUUGUGAGUGAAUUCAUCCAUUCAGGUCCAAAACAUCUCAAAUAAGCACCUAGACACAUCAGGAGCUGAAACCAUUGCCAGUUUGCUUUUGGAUAAUUUGUCCUACCUCCAUGUUUUUCAGCUCCUGGGAAACAACUUUGGGGAGGAGACUGCGCUAUACUUUGCUGAGGCGUUAGUAGGCAAUAAACAAGUGAAGGAGCUGAACCUCAGCCACAAGAAGUUCUCUGAGAAAAGAGGGCAGCUCCUGGGAUAGAUGCUCAGACACAGGAAUACAGGCACCAGGGAGCUGGAUGGUGUCAGCACAGUGGACACGCAUUUCCAUGACCUGCACAAGUUGGUGAAUGGAACUUUCAUCAAGUUGCAGGAUUUGGUGUGUCAAAUGCAUCCUGAACUAGAUGUCAUCUACAGUAAGGUCAAAGACUUUAUCACCAAGAUCCCCAAUAGCAUCCAAAUCCCUUGGAAAUUCUCAGCUAAUUGGAGCAGAAAAGAGCACAACCUACAACUCGAGAACUUCUUUGGGAAUAUUGACAAGGAUGGAAACAUAAAGAUUCCUGUGGCAGCCUUCUGGAAAGCCAUGAUGCAGAUGUACAAAAUUGGUGAACUAGUGCACAAUCUAGACUGGACUCAGACAGCAGUUGUGGAUUACAGUCACUUAAAAGACCAGGAGUCAGCACAGAAGCCUGUGGAAUGGGAAAUUGAGGAGGAAGAGAGGGAAGAGCCAUAA